UGCCCCGGAAGCGCAGCGCGCCGUCGUCCGGCGGCGGUGCCCGGCCUGCAGGCUGCGGUCGAGAUGCCCGGGGCCGCGGCGAGAGGCUCGGAGCUGUCCGAGGCGAUCGAGAGUUUCGUGGAGACCCUGAAGCGGGGCGGCGGGCAGCGGCGCUCCGAGCACAUGGCCCGGGAGACCCUGGGCCUGCUGCGCCGGAUCAUCACGGGCCACCGCUGGAGCACGGCUGGGGAACUGAUGGAGUUGAUGCGCAGGGAGGGCAGGAGGAUGGCGGCCGCGCAGCCCUCCGAGACCACCGUGGGAAACAUGGUGCGGAGAGUGCUCAAGAUCAUCCGCGAGGAGUACGGCAGACUGCAUGGACGCAGCGACGAGAGCGACCAGCAGGAGUCCCUGCACAAGCUCCUGACCUCCGGAGGCCUCAGCGAGGAUUUCAGCCUACAUUAUGCUCAGCUGCAGUCCAACAUCAUUGAAGCGAUUAAUGAGCUGCUGGUGGAGCUGGAAGGUACAACGGAGAACAUUGCAGCCCAGGCUCUGGAGCACAUCCACUCCAACGAGGUGAUCAUGACGAUUGGGUUUUCGAGAACGGUAGAGGCCUUCCUUAAAGAGGCCGCCCGAAAGAGGAAAUUCCAUGUCAUUGUGGCAGAGUGCGCUCCUUUCUGCCAGGGUCAUGAAAUGGCUGUCAAUUUGUCCAAAGCAGGAAUUGAGACAACUGUCAUGACUGAUGCUGCUAUUUUUGCUGUAAUGUCAAGAGUCAACAAGGUGAUCAUCGGCACCAAGACCAUCCUGGCGAAUGGCGCCCUGAGAGCUGUGACAGGAACUCACACUCUGGCACUGGCAGCGAAGCACCACUCCACCCCGCUCAUCGUGUGCGCGCCCAUGUUCAAGCUUUCCCCACAGUUCCCCAAUGAAGAAGAUUCAUUUCACAAGUUUGUGGCUCCUGAAGAAGUCCUCCCUUUUACAGAAGGCGAUGUCCUGGAGGAGGUCAGCGUCCACUGCCCUGUGUUCGACUAUGUCCCCCCGGAGCUCAUCACCCUCUUCAUCUCCAACAUUGGUGGGAACGCACCUUCCUAUGUCUACCGCCUGAUGAGUGAGCUCUACCACCCUGACGACCACGUGCUGUGACUGGC